CAGGACCAUCAGGACUGACCAGGAGCAUCAGGACCAUCAGGAUGUGGAUGUUUGUGGUGAUCGUGGCUUUGCUGGACCAGAACCAGGCUGCUCCUUCGACAGGUGAACGUGGAGGAAGCCUCCAGCUUCAACAACUGGACCUGACCACACCUUCGACCGUCACUUACCUGGCUGAACAGAGAACCUCCUCCUCCUCCUCUUCAUCUUCUGAGUCCAGUCAGAGUUCAGAGGAACCUCAACAGAUGAGAGAACGACAGAACCUGGAGAACACGGCUGUGGAGGAGGCGGACUCAUCCCAGGAGAGCUCGGAGCUCCUCAAGUCUCCCAGUAACAGCAGCACCAGUCUGUGGCUCAGUGAACUGGUUUCACUGGGAGAGAGGGUGGGCGUGCGAGACAGAAAGAGAGACACCGGAGACGAAAGCGUGGAGAGAGAGAGCAAACACAGGGCUCUGCUGCUGACCUUCCAUCCCCUCCUGAGCCGGACUCAAACCACAGAGCCCGGCCUGACAACGGAAGAGGGUGGGGCUGUUCCGACUGUGGGCGGGGCCUCCAAAGUAGAGGGCGUGGCCAGAGGAGCAGAGGUCGAUGCCGAGUUUCCCCAACUGUCUGAAGAAAGCAAGGAGCAGGAAGAAGGACUGAUGUACAACCUGCCAGACCACGCCCACAACCAUGGAGACGAGGCGGAGCUAGAGCUGGGUCUUUAACAGAGUCCACGCCCCUUGUACUGUUGAGAACAAUCAAUUAUUAAUAAAUUAUCUGAUUUGUAACUAAUAAACUUAACUCAUAUAAAACAUGUAGUUGCAAUCAGUGUGACAGGUUUACUAUAAUUAAUGAUAUUAUUACUGUUAUCGUCAUUAUUAUCAUUAAUAUAAUGAUUAUUAUGAUUAUUAUUAUCAUUAUUAUUCAGUGUGUUAACAGCGUUUUCUGUUCCUUCGGUUUGUGAAUAAACUUAAAAGCCAAGUUAAAAGUUUUAUCAUCAUUUAAAUUACAUUUUCUUUUUUGCUAAUUACCAGAUU